AGGUAGGGGAGCUGUACACUACGGCUACUUUAAUAACUUGUCUUUGAGUCAUCCUUAUCUUGGUGUUGACCCUUCACUGGACCACGUGUGGGACCUGAAGGUGCGCUAUUACACCCAUACCACCUCUUUAUUCCCAGGUGUUUGGAGUUGUAAAGUUAAUUUCAUUUGUAGUCUUCUGCUCCCUGCAACAUUGCUGGUGUCACUUGGUUAACACUGAGGACUUCAACUUCUUGGAUUGUGAGGUUGAGAAACUUUGCAAACUUCACAGCUAUGUCUUCCUCUGAUGGUGACCCACAACCAAAGAAACUCAAGACUGGUGAUGCCACUGAAAUAGAAUUUCGUUUGGAAAAAGGCAGAAAAGAGGUGGCAGAAAAUGUCAUGGAUUUUGAAUUUAACAAAAAACGUGUUAAGAUGAUCAGCAAAGCAGAAGAAGUUCCUGACUGUGAUGGUAUUGUGUACUGGAUGUCUCGUGAUCAAAGAGUUCAAGAUAAUUGGGCAAUGUUGUUUGCACAGCGACUGGCACUGAAAAACAAAUUGUCACUACAUGUGGCAUUCUGCUUGGUUCCGAAGUUUCUUGAAGCCACAAUACGCCAUUACGAUUUCAUGCUAAAAGGCCUAGAAGAAGUUGCAAGUGAAUGCCAGAAUUUGGAUAUUGAGUUUCACCUUCUCCUUGGUAAGGCAGAGGACGUUCUCCCACAGUUCAUCACAGAGCAUGAAAUUGGUGGCCUAGUCACAGAUUUCUCUCCACUUCAAGUACCUCAGCAAUGGCUUAAAGAUGUUAAAGAGGCCAUUCCAAAAAACAUACCAAUGUGUAAGGUUGAUGCACACAACAUUGUUCCCUGCUGGAUUGCUUCAGAUAAACAGGAGUACUCAGCUAAAACUAUUCGUAGAAAGAUCCAUGACAAACUCCAUGACUUCCUCUCAAAAUUUCCACCGGUUGCAAAGCAUCCUUAUAAGAGCAAAUAUCAGGCAGAGCCUGUAGACUGGACAGCUGCUAGAAACAGCCUGGAAGUUGAUGAGACUAUUAAGCCUGUUGAAUGGGCAACUCCUGGAACACGGGCAGGACUGAAUACACUCAAUGAAUUUUGUCUGAAGCGGCUGAAAAAAUAUGCUACUCAACGGAAUGACCCUAAUGAGAAGGCGCUUAGUAAUCUCUCACCUUGGCUGCACUUUGGUCAAAUAUCAGCACAGAGAUGUGUUCUUGAAGUAAAAUUAUAUAAGAAACAAUUUAAGGAUGCUGUGGAUGUGUUUAUUGAAGAGGCUGUCGUGCGACGCGAACUGUGUGACAAUUAUUGUUUUUAUCAGAAGAACUAUGAUCAUAUUGAAGGUGCUUACAGCUGGGCUAUAAAAACUCUAAAUGAUCACAAAAAAGACAAGAGAGAAUACUUGUACUCUCGAGAAGCAUUUGUUGAAGCUCGAACACAUGAUGAACUUUGGAACUCUGCUCAGAUUCAGCUAGUAACUGAAGGAAAGAUUCAUGGAUUCAUGCGUAUGUACUGGGCUAAGAAAAUUUUGGAAUGGACAACUACUCCAGAAGAAGCCUUGGAAACAGCAAUAUAUCUCAAUGACAGAUACAGCCUUGAUGGACGUGAUCCAAGUGGAUAUGUGGGUUGCAUGUGGUCUAUUUGUGGCAUCCAUGAUCAAGGCUGGGGUGAAAGACCUGUCUUUGGCAAGAUCCGCUACAUGAAUUACAAGGGUUGUAAGAGAAAGUUCAGUAUAGAUAAUUAUGUAGCAAUGUAUGGAGGGAAGAAACACAAAUAUAUUCCUCCUAGUUAAUGUACAUUGAAACUGCACAACUUAAUGUUAUUACAAGUCCAUUAAACAUUAAUGGAAGCUGUAUUUCUUUGAAUAAAAUUCAAUUUUUGUGUUAUAAUUUGCAGUUCAAAACUGUAAUUAUUAAUUAUACAUGUUCAAAAAUAUAACUGUACCUGGUACUUAAAAAUAAUGAAUAAAAUAAAUUGUUGC